AGGGAGGAUGAGGCUCUGGACCCUGGGCACUAGCAUCUUCCUAAGGCUUUGGCGGACAUAUGUGUUCUCAGGAAGUACAGGUUGGAUGGACUUCAUCCAACAUUUGGGAGUUUGCUGCUUUGUGGCCUUCCUCACCACGAGCCUCCUCUCGGCAGCCUUCUACUGGUUCCUGCCCUCAGUCGCCAUGCUCGCUGCCGUGUGGGCAAGCACCUGUGUUUUCCUGUGCUGUUCCAAGCACGCCCGCUGUUUCCUUCUUCUCGCCUUCCUCUCCUGCGGCCUCCGGGAAGGCAGGAACGCUUUGAUUGCGGCUGGCACAGGGGUGGUGAUCUUGGGACAUGUGAAAAAUACAUUUUAUAACUUCAGAGAUCUCCUAGACAGUAUGACUUGCAACCUAAGGGCAAAGAGCUUUUCCAUCCAUUUUCCACUUUUGACCCGAUACCGUGAAGCCCUUCAGUGGAUUUAUGGCCUUGCCACUCUGCCGAAUCUAUUUGAUGACCUACUUUCUUGGAACCAGACUUUAGUGGUCUCCUUCUUUAGUCCUAGCCGUACCCUCGAGGCUCAUAUGAAUGACACCAAAGGAGAAGUCCUUGGUGCCCUGUCCCAUAUGGUAGUCAUGACAGAGCUAUUGUAUUCCUUGGGCCAGAAGCUUCUCGCCCUGGCCGGGCUUCUCCUCAUCCUUUUCAGCACUGGCCUCUUCAUGAAGCGGUUCCUGGGCCCUUGUGGCCGGCAGUAUGAGAACGUCUACAUCACCAGACAAUUCGUUCAGUUUGACGAAAAGCAGAGGCACCAACAGCGGCCCUGUGUCCUCCCUCUGAGUAGGAAGGAACGGAAGAAAUACAUCAUCAUCCCGUCCCUUUGGCUGAGUCCCAAAGAGAGGAAAAGCCUGGGGCUCUUUUUCCUUCCCAUCCUGACCCAUCUCUACGUGUGGGUGCUGUUUGCAGCUGUGGAUUUUCUGCUCUUCCGACUCAUUUCCUCCAUGAACAAACAUCUCCAAAGCUUGCCAGGGCUUGAGGUUCAUUUGAAACUUCAUGGAGAGAGGCGAGGCACUCAAGAUAUCAUCCAUGAUUCUCCCUUUAAUAUAUCCAUGUUCGAACGCAGCUGCAUUCCUAAACCAAGGCUUACUGUGUCUGAGACUUGGGUUCCUCUCAGUAUUAUUCUUGCAGCGCUAACAGUACUAGGAUUGUUGUCUUCCAUGCUGAUGCAGCUUAAAAUUCUGGUGUCAGGAGCCUUCUACCCUGGAGUGGAGAGGGAGCGAAUCCAAUACCUCCAUGCAAAGCUCCUUAAGAAAAGAGCAAAGCAGCCACGGGGAGAAGCUGAAAGGAAACGGAAUCUGUACUUUAAAAAGGUCCAUUUCUGGCUUCCAGUCCUGAAACUGAUUCGGAGGAGACACACAAACACAGCAUAUGAAGAUUACCCGUGAGACACCUGGAGUCCCUCUUCCGGGUCAGCUGCUGCUGCUCACUGUCGGCUCAGCAAAGGGGGCUGUGUGAGAAGAUCUACCGAUGUUUGUGGUUACAGGGCCCCCUUUUCUCUCGGGUGGUUUUUCAGGCUACUUGUUGAUCAUAAUGCCAAACGGCUCCCAAGUGGAUGACUUUUCAGUCUGUCUUCCAAACAAAGCACGGUAUCUAGACCGUGGCACAGCUAAAGGGACUGUGGUGGCUCCAUUGAAAGCGUACUCCAGAUGCUCGGAUGUUUGAAAACUUGAUGGUGCUGUUUGGGGGAUGCUUAAAGAUGCGGCCUGGGGGACAAAGACAAAGUGUGUCCCUGGAGCAGGGCUUUGCGGUUUUGUAAGCUAUGCACUGAUUCCUGUUUGCUCUCCGCUUCCUGCUUGUGGCUGGAGGUGGGGGCUUCCGGCUGGGCUUGCCUCCAUGUUUGCCCAUCACCACCUUCCCCACUGUGACGGUAAUGGAGUCUUCCCUCUGGAACCUUAAGCUCAAAUAAACCCCUUCGUACUGUAA